GCUACCCAAUACGCCGGUGAUUAACGGAGUAACCCUCUUCAGCGAGUCUCCCCCACAACAGCCGCUAAAAAGAAAGUUCGAGACCGUGCAGCAACAAUCGACCGCCAUGUACAGGACCUCCGCUUCUCUAGGGUCGCAUGUGGAACAGAGCACCUGCAAGAUUUGCAAGUUCAAGCGCCAUUGCCGCGAAGUCAUCCUCUUCUGGUGGUUUCUUUAGUUGGCUGACUGGGGAGCAGUCCAAGUCCUUGCCGCCUCUAAAUUUCCCUCUUGCAGGUGUUGGCCACCCACCUGCAUUGCCUGAUUAUGUUGAACCAAGCGAAAUCAAAAUCACAACUCUUCAAAACGGUGUCAAAAUUGUCUCAGAAACUUCAUCGAAUCCUGUAGCAUCAAUUGGGUUAUAUGUCGACUGUGGUUCAAUCUAUGAAUCACCAGACACUUUUGGUGCUACACAUCUUCUGGAGCGCAUGGCCUUCAAUAGCACAAGAAAUCGAAGCCACCUCCGAGUUGUGCGGGAAGUAGAGGCAAUUGGUGGACACGUAUCAGCCUCGGGAUCAAGGGAGCAGAUGGGAUAUACCUAUGAUGCUCUGAAGUCUUAUGUACCUGAAAUGGUAGAGGUGCUGGUGGACUCUGUCAUAAACCCUGCUUUCCUGGAUUGGGAGGUCAAUGAACAGCUUCAUAAAAUAAAAAAUGAAAUCAGCGAAGCUUCCAACAAUCCACCCUGCUUGCUUUUGGAGGCAAUUCACUCUGCUGGGUAUUGUGGUGCAUUGGCAAAUCCUCUUUUAGCCCCGGAAUCUGCAAUACAUAGAUUGAAUAGUAAUAUUUUGGAGAAGUUUGUUGCUGAAAAUUAUACUGCUUCUCGGAUGGUUCUUGCUGCAUCUGGUGUUGAGCAUGGGGAACUGUUAUCAGUUGCUGAACCACUUUUGUCUGACCUACCAAGUAUGCCUCGUCCUGAAGAGCCGAAAUCUGUGUAUGUUGGAGGCGAUUAUCGUUGUCAAGCUGACGCAGGGGGAAAAACGCAUUUCUCUCUUGCAUUUGAAUUGCCUGGUGGUUGGCAUGAGGAGAAGGAUGCUAUGACUCUGUCUGUGCUUCAGAUGCUAAUGGGAGGAGGUGGAUCAUUCUCCACUGGUGGCCCUGGAAAAGGGAUGUACUCAAGGCUAUAUCGUCGUGUCUUGAAUCGGUUUCCUGAGGUUGAGUCUUUUUCAGCAUUCAGUAACAUCUACAAUCAUUCUGGCAUAUUCGGUAUCCAAGCUACUACUGGUUCAGAUUUAGUAUCAAAUGCCAUUGAUUUAGCAGCUCAAGAGCUCAUAUCCGUUGCAACACCAGGAGAAGUUGGCCAUCAAGAGCUGGAUCGUGCCAAACAGUCGACCAAGUCUACCAUUUUAAUGAAUUUGGAAUCCAGAAUGGUUGCUUCAGAAGAUAUAGGUAGGCAGGUUUUGACGUAUGGCACGAGGAAACCAAUUGAGCAUUUCCUCAAGGCUGUGGACGAAGUUUCGCUGAAGGAUAUCACUUCAAUAUCCCAAAAGCUACUCUCCUCCCCUCUCACUAUGGCAUCUUAUGGAGAUGUUAUCAACAUUCCAACCUAUGAUUCAGUCAGCAGCAAGUUCAAGUCAAAAUGAAAUCUCUUUUUUGAUUCCAAUUGGCCAUGCACCUGACAAGUAACUGAUAUUGUGGUGCAUCUGCAAACCUUCAAAGCUCUCAUAUUCCAAUUUCAGAUGAAAAUAAGAGACUUGGAUGUUCCAUUAUUAUCAAUAAAUUGAUGGUCCCUGAGGAGCCGGUUUUCGAAAUGCCUCAUAAUUUCUGCUCGCUGUUCUGGUUGAUUUGGAUAUCCCCUGUUUGAUGUUGUAUUCAAUUAUUUUAAUACUUUGAAAAGUUGAUGAGCUUCUGUGGUCGAUUCGUUCAUUAAAUACCGAGCAUUUAACAGCUUUCGUUGGUACGUUGUUGGACCAAAGCUUUUUGUGGUAUAUUUAUCACCCAUCUGGAGCACGCAAGCUUGUGGCCCAGAGUUGUAGGGGUAAAACCUUGUAAGUUCAAUUCCUGAAGACAUCAUAUCUGUCUUUGAUUCUGUCCAUUGUAGAUUUUUGUGCACGAGAGUUGUUUACCUCUUUUUUAUUUAUACAUCAUCAUUCAUCCAUCUAGUGUUUGUGUUGAGAACAAUUUGAAGUGGCUGGAGCAUUCUCAGUCUUUUGAACUGAUAAAUUUGCUAAUAAUGAUUAUUCAAUAGCUUGUGAGA